UCGGCCCGUCGGGGAAUUCCGGCGACGACCGACAUCGGCCGACGACGGCCGAUCUUCUCAAAGCCGUACGCCAUUACAUGCGCAGUCUCAGUGCCGCCUCGCCCGACGUAGAAACUUCGGACGACAGUCGGUGAAAUUGUUUUCUUUGGUCGAAUUGGGCGACUUUGUCAUGCAGAAAACAUGGACUGUGAGAAGCUUAUAAGCUUAGUCCACGAAAGGAGGAGUUUGUGGCACCCUGAGGAUGCGAAUUAUCAUAAUAGGGAUGUGGCUAGGAGUCUGUGGUUUGAAAUCGCUACUUUAUUGGAAACGACAAGUUCCAAUGUGAAAUCAAAAUGGCAGAAUUUAAGAGACACGUAUCGACGGGAACUUGCGAAGAAUAAUCCGCCAACAGGUUCUGCAUCAGUGGGCAGUUUCUCGAAAUGGAAGUACUUCCACCAAAUGAACUUUCUGCAAGACACGUAUGCUUCAAAGCGUCUCAUUGGAAAUGUUCCAAAAUCCGUGAAAUCUGACCCAGCGGAUUUGAUGGCCGACGUAGCGGACGUACAAGUUGUAUCAUAUAAUGACGAAACAUCACUAGAAGACGAUUCAUUUUCAGAACAAGCGGACGAUGAAAGAUACCACUCUUUGACUCCGGACGAAAGUGUUGCGGCUGAAAAUCUAUUUAAAUGGGCCAAGAAGAGGCCUCGAAAGAAAACAGAUCCAAUUUACAAUCUCAUAGAACUUGAAAAGGCUAAGUUAGUACACCUAGAAUCAAUGAAUUCUAAGAAACAAAAGGGUGAAGAGUAUGAUGAAGACUAUUACUUUCUCAUGAGUUUAUUGCCGCACUUACGUGCCGUGCCACAGCAUUUGAAAUUAAUCACGCGGGUUAAAUUGCAACAGGUCUUAAUUGAAAAUCAGGCAAUGCUUCAAAAAUACCCACACUCAUCGCACCCUACCACAUCCUCAGCAAACCAGCCAGGCGCAGAACACACGAGGAACAACAACAGUAUGUCUAUCUGAUGCUGUGGUCCGCAACAAUUGAAGAGCAGUGUCUACUCUGUAUGAAGUAGAAAAAUGUGGCUCACAUAGUGUAACGCAUUUCUUGGAUGUGGCCAAAUAUGGACUGUGUAAUUUCUACACUGAGAAAUCGUUCGUAAAUUGUAAUUAGAUAUUUUUGUAUUAAAACUGUUUUCAUUCCAUUGUAAU